CAACCCACACUCACAAUCUUUCCCACACAGUAUUCACACAAACCAUCUACAAUCACUCUACAUUUAAAAAGAAAAGGUCAAUCAGAAGGGAUAGUCCAUCAUGACGGCCUUCUAAGCUUCUUCGCUUUUUGCCUUCUCUCUUUUCCAAGGAAAGAGACAACACCGUAACCAUACUCUCCUCAACCACUCCGGUCUACCCCCAGUUUCACACUUCUUCAGAGCUUCCUCGUGAAGGACCUCUGAACUUAGGCAACGCUCUGCGCAGCUCGAGUUCCCAGACUCCAACUCCAACCAUCACGUUCGACUUUACGUCGUUCACCACGGAUAACCAACAGUCAACAUGGCCUCCUCAACCCCCAUCAUCCCAGCAGCCUCCGGCUCCCUCGAAUCCCCUGCACGCUCCUCACAACGACUUCGUGCUCUUCCCCGCGCCGUCUCGCAUACGCGACUGGAACUCUCCCCAAGCGAAUCCCCCUAGACCCGCCGUCCCGCUGAACCCUGCUUCGGCACGCAAUUUUCGUCGUCACUCUUUCCUCGCCCAGCAACACCAGCACAAGCUGCAGGCUCGUUCGUCCGGCUCGCCCGUUGCUCAAGACCCGAGAGUGGCAAGCAUCAUCGGUCAGUCCCAGGGGCUCUGUGUCCCGUCAACUUGGUCUCCUCCUCGUCCACGCGUGAAUAUCUCGCCUCAGCAGCGCCGAAACGCUCUGUUGCUGGCCCGCGGCGCUUCACCGCAUUCCGUUCGUCCUCCAGUUCCCCUCUUUCCCGGUACGGGAAGCAGUACACCACAGCAUCCACAGACACAACAUCAUCGUCGAGCGAUGUCUACGUCUAAUCUCCCGCUCGGUAUGGUGUCUCUCUCUGCAUCUGCCGUGCGUCUUGUGGCUAACCAGCGUCCAGAUAUCGGAACCCUCCUGGAUCUCUCGACGGACCAGUACGUCGAGGACCUGGGCUCUUCUUCCCACGGUUCCUUGUUAGAUCAAGAUCAGCUCGAUCAGCUUAUCAACUUCAAUUCUGUCGUAGAACAGAUGCCCGCCCAGACCGUGUCUCCAAAGGACUUGAUGAUGGACUCGUCCGCCCCACCGUCAACCUCCUUCACCGACAUGAGCACUCCCUCGUUUGAGUCCCCCGGCUACUUCAGCCAUGAUACCUCGCCGCUCAUUGCUACUGAUUCGGACCUUGGCCCCGGCCAUGAAGAGUGGGAGUCGUUGUUCCCGGUUGAAUCCGCGAUGCUUCCAAAGUUCGAUGAGAAGGUGCCUCUCUGCUCACCAAAAGCACCCAGCGCGCUCAUCACACCUAUGACCCGCACUGCAUCCUCUCCCGGAGCAUCUCCCCGCAACAGCCGGUCUUCAACUCGCCCUUCCUCCAUCUCUGGAGUCAAGCCACGCAAUCGAGAUAAGCCUCUUCCACCAAUCGUUUAUGAUACCAGCGAUCCUGUUGCCGCCAAGCGUGCAAGGAACACAGAAGCUGCUCGCAAAUCUCGCGCCCGUAAGGUCGAACUCCAGGAGCAAAUGGAGCGUCGCAUCGCUGAAUUGGAGAAGGCCUUGGAGGAUAGCCGUCAACGCGAGGCGUACUGGAAGUCUCUCGCGGAGACUCAACAGUAAAAAUGGUCUUGCUCUCUGCUGUGAUUCUUUUUUUCCGACUUGGAUUGAUCUUGUACUGUUUUGUUUAUGUGAUACUGUGUGGGCCUGUGAUGAUGGGCGGUUCGAGCCAUGCCUUGAUCGUCCAACCGCAUCGACGAUGAUCCGUUGUUUGAACGGUAGUCAUGCGCGAUCGUUAUAAAAGUUGGUUUUUCGGAGGAUUUUUCUGAUGUCAUUAUUAUCUCCGUCCUCUCGUGUUCAAGAAACUUAUUGUGUGUGUGUUUUUCUUCGGCAUGCACUCCUGUGCCGCUGUGCGUUCCAUCUUCAUUUGCUCCGUCUGUUCCAUUUUUAUAUUUAGGCCGGUUCUGACGUCUCCUCGACCCUGUUUGGCAGGAUUGACUCGUGGCCUUAAUGUGACAUGUUCAUCCUACCACUUUUCACAAUAACAAUAUUUACCAAUCUA